AUGGAUUCUACUUUUGUGCGCUGCCCCAGUCUGCUUAUCUGUUCCAUCUGCAAGGACUAUUUCACAGACCCUGUCACCAUUAACUGUGGACAGAGCUUUUGUACUCCGUGUCUCUGCCUCCUGUGGGAAGAUGCCCAGCAUCCUACCUGUUGCCCUGUAUGCAGGGCACUAUCUCCACGCAUGGACUUCAAAAGCAUUAUUUCUGCUGAGGGACAAGCUCGUGCUAAAAAAGAAUCAGUUGCCAAGCAGUUACCAAGGUCUGCCAGGCAGGUGUGUUGGAUACACCAAGCACUAAAGAAUAUCUUCUGUCCAACUGACAAGAGCCUGCUGUGUUUGCAAUGCUCUCAUUCGCCAGGGCAUACCACUCACAUACACUGUCCAGUUUCACAGGUCGCUGAGCACUGCAGAGAGAAACUUCUGAUGCAAAUGAAAUCUAUUUGGAAAAACAGGCAGAGAAAUCAGAGAAAUAUAAACAAAGAGUACAACUUACUUAGAGUAUGGCAGGGUUUUGUAAAUCUAAGGAUGGUGAUGAUCAAGGCUGAAUAUCCUAAGGUGUACCAAUACCUCCACAAAGAAAAGCAAAAACAUUUAGAGAGCCUGGCAAUUGAAGGCAAGAUAAUUUUUCAUCGACUCUGGAGAAAUGUAGCUAGAAUGCUUCAAAUGGGGAAACUCCUGAAAAGAAUCUAUGAGGAGCUGAAGGAAAUGUGCCUCAAAGCAGAUGUGUACCUGCUCCAGGAUUUGGAAGACAUCAUGAAAAGGAGUCAGUUAGUGCAGGCGCACUUGCCCCAGCCUGUGGACCCACAGCCCAGUGAGUGGACAAUCACCGGGAUGUCUGAAAGGCUUAACAACUUCCGAGUGUAUAUUACAUUUGGUGAUAACAUAAGGAAUUACCGUGUGCCUCUGUUUGAAGACCUGAGACGUUUGCAGUGCUGUCCCGACCAUCAAGACCUGCCCCGCAGUCCAGCGAGUUCACAGUAUAAGCCUUCCUGGGCAGCUCAGGCUGCCUUCACCUCUGGCAAAUAUUACUGGGAGGUGGAUGUGGGAAACUCUCAGAAUUGGAUUAAAGGACUUUGCAGGGAAUCCUGGACAAAACACCAUGACUUGCUGCUCAACUCUGAGGGUAUCUUUCUACUUCUGUGUGUCAAUGUGGAUAACCAUUGCCGUCUCUUCUCUGCCUCCCCGCCACUGUGCCACUACAUUCCAAGACCCCAGGGCUUGGUAGGGGUGUUUUUAGAUUAUGAAUUUGAUAUAGUAAGCUUUGUUAAUGUUGCCAAAAGUUCCCUCAUUUGUAAUUUCCUUUCCUGUUCCUUCUCCUUCCCUCUCAGACCUUUCAUUUGUUAUGUAACCAAAUGA